CGAGAUAUGAUUUGUAUUUAAAUAAAGCUAUGUUUUACUGUUCUAAACAUAACUAGUGAACUAUUCAGUAUGUUUACUUUGAAUGUUGGCUCUGUUAUAGCCAACUUAAUACUGUGUUCAUUGUGAACUCGGGCGGGUUAGUCAAACAAAAUAUGACGAUGAAUGGCUGCGACAGUAUAACGUGGGGACUGAACUCAGCUGCAAGUUAAAUACCUAGAUUAAAACCUAGAAAACGAACGUUUUCGGAAUAGAGCUGAAUACCAGGUUCAAUCCAAGAUAGCUAGCGAGCUAACUUGCCACCAAACAAAACACACGAGGUGAACGAGUUAGUUCAGCUAACGUUAAGUAUCUUAAAAUUUACAUUAAGCUAACGUUAUCUUAUAAACUAGCUAGAUAGAUAAUGUAGUCAACCAUCUCGCAAGGACUUGUUGGCCAGCCAAAAGCUACAUUUGUGAGGUGAUUUUAGGAAGUUUUGCUAGCCAUAUGAAAAGUUGAGAUACCGCUAUUAAUUUGUUGAGUUGAGAAGUGGCCGAACUUUUUGAGCUGAAGAGACGUUUCUGCAAUGGGGAAGAAAAAGCAUCAUAUCGGGAAACAUGAGCGCCCGGAAUCACGAGGAAAAGACAAGCGACACAAGAUGAAAGGCAAAUCGCUGGAGACAUUCACGGAUGAGAUGCACGGCGCCUUACAAGCGAGUCUGCAGGCAGAUGGAGAGGAGGAGGCCCAGGUCAAACUGCCCUGCCCCCUGGCAAUGUGGGAGCUUGGCCACUGUGACCCCAAUCGCUGCACAGGCAGGAAGCUGGUGCGAAAGGGCCUGGUGCGCAACCUGAGACUUAACCAGAGAUUCAAUGGCCUCAUCCUCAGCCCCAUGGGAACCAAAUAUGUUUCUCCGCAAGACCGGGAGAUUGUAGCUCAGAGUGGGCUGGCGGUGAUAGACUGCUCCUGGGCAAAGCUGGAGGAGACGCCCUUUAGCAAGAUGAGGGGGAGCCACCCCCGCUUGCUACCAUACCUGGUGGCGGCCAAUCCUGUCAAUUAUGGCAAGCCCUGCAAGCUGUCCUGUGUGGAGGCCUUUGCUGCCACCUUCUGCAUCGUGGGGUUCAGAGACCUGGCUGUGAUCCUGCUGAGGAAGUUUAAGUGGGGGAAAGUGUUCCUGGACCUGAACCAGACGCUGCUGGAGCGUUACGCAGCCUGUCAAUCGGAGGAGGAGGUGCUGGCUGUAGAGAAGGAGUUCCUCACCUCUAAGCCAGAGGAGGAGGAGAUAGAUCCAUUUGAUGUGGACAGUGGUCGCGAGUGUUCCAAUCUCAACAGACCCAGAUGGGCUGCUCAAGAUGAGGAAGAUGAGGGGACAGACAGUGAGGGAGAGCCGACAUCAGAUGAGGAGGAUGAUAUCCGUCAUGGCAAGAGCGAGAGAGGGGAAGAAGAUGAUGAAGAGAGUGAGGAGCAGGAGGAGGAGGAGGAAAAUGAGGAUGAGGGCAGAACGGCAUCUGCUCCUAGUGCAAAUGUGAUUUGGAAAGGAGCAAAGAAAAGAAUAAGGAACUGACUUACUGCUACAGCAGUAAAUACCAAUAUUUUGUUGUGACUUCAAUAAAAUAGUAGUCUUUGAACUGUUUAGCCAAGGCUGCUCGGUGUUAUCCAAAGCAAUCCAGGGCAAUCAGCUGUAUUCAGAGUACACUUUUAAAUGUGAACCUGGUGAAUGCCUCAGCUGCAGUUUUAUUGAAAUGCUCUCAUUCAUUUAGACUUGCUUACCAGACUAAAAAAGACUUAACAGUGCCUGCUUUUUGUAUUGAUGAAUGUACUUGGUGAUAACCAAGGGUGAAUCUCAAGGCUGAAAAUGUGAAGUGAAGAAAUGCUGCAAGACCUCUUGAAUGAAGUUUAAACAAGGCAUUCUGAGAACUGAUAGCAAAACCUCUUCCAUACAGACAAAGCAACAUGAAACCUUAAAUACUUCAACAUAACGAAGAAAAGAUACGGUAUAUGGUCCAGUGAAGUUCACGGACAAAUAAUCAACAUCUACUGUGUGCCACAACAUGUGCUGUGUAACAUUUUCAAAUAUAUUUAUAUACUUUAGUCACAAUUCGAGGGUCCUUAAAGAUAGAAACAUUCAAUUCAAUACUCUGAUUCACGUUAAACUGCAUUGCACAAUAGAGGGAAAAAUAUUGACACUUUUUUCAAUAGACAGAUACGAGGAGAGUUAUUUUGUCUCAUACAAAGCUGAUAGCAUUGUUCUUCCUGGGCUGCUUCCCUCUUAGCAUACAUGUGGUAUUAAGACCAGAAUGUGGAAACACCAAACUGCACUAGUCAUAUUACACUUGCCUUAGCAAACAAAUGCUUGGCCAUUUUCAAAAGAAGUAAUACAGCACAGCAACUGGACAUUUAUCUACAGACUUAAAAUCAAGUUAUUAUAAGCUCUUUGCUCUUUACAAUACAACUGCUUUA